AUGGAGCCCUAUGCACAUAUUGAUCAUGCUACUGGGAUAGCUGUUCUUGCCCUUACCAUACUUGUGCUAUCAAAUUUGGCUUCAAAUGUACCAACUGUUCUGUUGCUUGGAGCACGGGUGGCAGCAUCGGCGGCUGCAAUUUCUGCGGCAGAGGAGAAGAAGGCAUGGCUCCUUUUAGCUUGGGUGAGCACGGUGGCAGGAAAUCUAUCACUGUUGGGAUCGGCAGCCAACUUGAUAGUGUGUGAACAGGCUCGCCAAGCCCCAUACCUUGCAUACACUUUAUCCUUCUGGAGCCAUCUCAAAUUUGGCGUCCCCUCCACUCUUUUAGUCACUGCCAUUGGUUUGACACUGAUAAGAUGA